CUGACUUGGAAUCAUCCCUCCUUUUAAAGGAUGCUCUGCUUUUCUUCCUUUCCUUCACUCUUCAAUAAGCUCACCUCCCCAUAAACACACACACACACACACACACACAUUGAGAGAGAUUGGUGUUUCAGUUUCAUGAAAUGGCCAAGAAUCUCUCAUUACAUGAUUUUGCAGAUGAAGAAGACUACAUAGACAUGGAGCUGACUUCUUCACCCUCUACCACUCUUUGUUGCUCCUCAAACUCUUCUCCACAAAGCAGAGAAUUUGAGUUCCAAAUGUCUCUAACUUGUGGCGAGAAAGAAACCACCACUUUCCCAGCUGAUGAGCUCUUCUACAAAGGCAAACUCCUCCCUCUCCACCUUCCCCCACGGCGGCUAAUGGUGGAGAACCUCCUUCUCCAGAGCUCCACCACCACAUUUGAUAUUACCAAAGAGCCCUUCGAAGAAGAUCAGUGUUACUACUCAAUGCCAUUCCCCACUUGCUCAACAGCACCUUGCACCAACACUUUGAACACUCCAUCAGAUUCUUGCAACAUUUCUCCAUCAGAAUCUUGCAGGGUGAGCUCUGAGCUGAACCCUGAUGACUAUUUCUUUGAAUGGUCCACUGAAUUAAGCAGCUUCAUCAAUAAUCACCCCACAAAACAGUCAUGGUCCAGGAAGCUGAAGCUGAUUAAGCAUUCCAUUCUUGGUCAGAAGCUGAAAGCUUCAAGGGCUUAUCUGAAGUCUCUAUUCAGCAAGUCUAAUUGCUCCCACGAGUCCUCCGCCAAGGCUAAUUGUAAUGCAGGAGCUCAAAACUUACCAAAACCUGAAGAAGCUUCAGCUUCAAAUAAGUACUUCAAGAUUUCCAGGGAAAAACCUUUCGGUAGAGCUCCGUAUCCAACGACAGUAGGUACUACAAUGAGCAACAUUGAUAAAGAGGACAAUGUCCGCAGGAGGUCAUUUUCCAGUGCAAUUAAACAACAUUCUCCGACCAAGUGCUUAUCUUCAUCCUCGUCGAAUUCUUCAUCCGGUGCUUCCUCUUCAUCAUCAUCAUUUUCGCUUAAUUCGAAUGGUUUUCAUGAGCUACAUUUUCUUAGGAGGAGCAGCAGUGCCACUGAGAUUGAGGGGUCAAUUGAGGCAGCCAUUGCUCAUUGCAAGAAGUCUUACCAGCAGAUUCUUGAUUCAAGAAACUCACCAAGGGAGCCUGGAAUUUGUUCGUUUUCUCCCUCCAGGAUUCAUUGCAGAUGACGAAUAUUCAAAAGGGACCAGGUCUUUGUAGCAUUUGAUGGUUUCCAUAUUACAUAAUCUAAGAGAAAAUCCAAAUCUGGACAAAUAAAAAAUUAGCAUAUUUGUGAUGUUCAAUCAUUUGAGAUUUUGGAUUAUACUGCACAUAAUUUAGACAAGUAUCUAGAUUGCUUCUGUAUAGACUUGCUGUAACAACUUAAGAGUUCAUGCUGUAUUCAAUAAAAUUGAUGGUUGUGGCAGUUUCUUGUUCAUCAAUAUCUGUAAUUGUACUCCAAAAGAUUGUAUCUUUCAAAGAUAUGGCACUAUUUGUUUAUACUA